AUGAAGCUGGCGCUGGCCUCACCGCGUGCCGCUCAGUUCAUUCUGCUUGUCCUCCUCCUCGUCCACCGCGAGCGGGCGGCGGCCGUCACGCUGUCGACGUCGUCGCGGUGGAUCGUCGACGAGGCCGGGCACCGGGUGAAGCUAGCCUGUGUCAACUGGCCAUCGCACCUAGAGCCGGUGGUGACCGAGGGGCUCGGGAGGCAGCCCGUGGGCAACAUCGCCACGACGAUCACCGCCCUGGGAUUCAACUGCGUCAGGCUCACGUACCCCAUCACGCUGGCGACCAACGCCUCGCUGUCGUCGAUCACCGUGCGGCAGUCCCUCCUGGCCCACGGCCUCGCCGAGACGAUCGGCGGCGUCGAGGUCAACAACCCCGGCUUCCUCGACCUCACGCUGAUCGAAUCGUUCAAGGCCGUGGUGAACAGCCUGGGGGAGAACAACGUCAUGGUGAUACUGGACAACCACGUGAGCAAGCCGGCGUGGUGCUGCGGCAACGACGACGGCAACGGCUUCUUCGGCGACAGGGACUUCGACCCCGACGUCUGGGUCGACGGGCUGGGCAACAUGGCCACGAUCUUCGCCGGCGUGCCCAACGUCGUCGGCAUGAGCCUGCGGAACGAGCUCCGUGGCCCGAGGCAGAACUCCCAAGAUUGGUACACGUACAUGCAGAGGGGCGCGGAGGCGGUGCACGCGGCGAACCCAAGGGCGCUCGUGAUCAUGGGCGGCCUGAGCUACGACUACGACCUGUCCUUCCUCGACGCGAUGGAGGUGAGUGUCAGCUUCGCGGCGGAGAACAAGCUAGUGUUCGAGCUGCACUGGUACAGCUUCUCGGACGCGCGCGCAUGGGAGUUGGAGAACGCCAACGAGGUCUGCGGCCGCGCCGCGCUCGACUUCGCGCGGCGCGGCGGGUUCCUGCUCAGCCGGGGCUUCCCGCUCUUCCUCAGCGAGUUCGGCGCCGACUUCCGCGGCGGCGACCUCAAGGACAACCGGUACUACCCGUGCGCGGCCGCCGUGGCCGCGGAGCUCGACCUGGACUGGGCGUUCUGGGCGCUGCAGGGCAGCUACGCGCUGCGGCAGGGCGUCGCAGGGAUGGACGAGGUGUACGGAGUCCUCGACUGGUCCUGGAGCAAACCCCGCAACGAGACCGUGCUCCCGAGGAUCCAGGCGUUGCAGCGGCCACUCCAAGGGCCAGGCUACGCCGAGGCGCUGCCGUACACCGUGCUGUUCCACCCGCUCACGGGGCUCUGCGCGGUGCGGUGCGCGGCCACGGCGACGACGCUGGAGCUGGGCCCGUGCAACGAGACAGACGCGUGGGCGUACGCGCCGCCAGCGUCGAAGCUGGUGCUAAGGGACGCCGCGGCCGCGGGGCUGCCGUGCCUGCGGGCCGAGGGGCGCGGCCAGCCGGCACGGCUCAGCGCCGAGGCCUGCGGCGACGCCCUAUCGACGUGGCGCCUCGCGUCGGACUCGGCGAUGCACGUAGCCGUCGACGCUGCGCCGGGCCUGCGCGGCGGCGGCAUGCUGUGCCUGGACGUGGGCGCGGACGGCAGGAGCAUUGUGACCAACCCGUGCGCGUGCCUUCGCGGGGACGGGGGGUGCGACCCGGAGCGCCAGUGGUUCAAGCUGAUCACGAGCACGAGGCGAGUAGCGCACAAGCCGGCAACGCUGGCCUAG